AUGACGAUUUCAUCACGCUUGCUCAAUACUAUAAGAUUAGGGCUUCAGUGUGAGCAGCCCUCACUCCAUUUUUAUCAUUCGUGCUUCAAAGUGUGGCUUCCAUCCUCUGCGUCGCCAUUGCAAGCACAGCCCCGUCGUCACCACCGUCAUAACCACCGCAAGGAAGAAAUGGAGUGGUCGAAAAUUAUUAAGCAAUGCGUGUCUUUUUAUGAAGUGAUGAGAUCUAACCAUGAAGACUUGAUGUUGUUCUUUGUGCUUACGCUAUUUGGUUACUUUAGGGAUAGAACUAGUGGCCAAUUAUCGUUAGGUGGAAGAAUGAAUAGUAGAGUUAGACGUGAGGCUUUAGAGCGUAUCGUUGGUGAGGGUAAUAGGAAUUGUAUCUGGGAGUUGAGAAUGAACACAAAUGCCUUUGCUAAUUUGUGUGAGUUGCUCCAAGUUCAAGGAGGACUUACCGAGGAUGGUCAUGUAAGCCUGCCAGAGCAGGUUGCGACUUUCUUAAUUAUCUUAGCGCAUCACAAAAAAAAUUGUAGUCUGCAGGUUAGAUUCUGUAGGUCCGGCGAGACAGUUAGUAAGUAUUUUAAUAAAGUUUUGAAGGCUGUGAUACGGAUUCAAAGCAUUUUGCUUGCCAAGGCUACACCAGUUGAAGAGGAUUGUCUUGACCCCACAUGGAGAAGGUUUAAGGUAGAGCUUAUUCGAUGUUGUGAUUGCUUGGGAGCAUUAGAUGGCACUUAUAUAGAGGUGACAGUCCCCAAGUCGGAGAAGGCAAGAUACCGAACAAGAAAGGGUAAAAUCUGCACCAAUGUCUUAGGUGUGUGUAACCGGGAGAUGGAUUUUGUCUAUGUACUCAGUGGAUGGGAGGGAUCGGCGUCUGAUUCACGGUACUUCGAGAUGCAAUAA